AUGACGUCUACGAGCAAAGCAGAGCGAGUGACAGCUCAGACGAGCAACAGGGAGCCUUGCGGUGCCUUGCGAACCUGCAAACCCUACUGGCACGCAUUCGAGACGCGAGCCAAGCAGAGAUGGCAAGGUCGAUCGCUGGUAGACAUUUUUGUCACCGAAUUUCGAGAUCGCACGUUGGAAUACUACGUCUGGGCCAUUCGCUCAGGUUACGUCACCAUCAACAGCAACAUCGUCGAUCCGACGUACGUGCUCAAGGAUGGAGACACGAUGCUGAACAAGAUUCAUCGUCAUGAACCAGCAGUCUCCGCCGAGCCAAUCAAGAUCCUCUACCACUCGCCAGAACACGGCAGGCUGGUCAUCGUCAAACCUGGAAGCAUUCCUGUUCAUCCAGCAGGCAGAUACGCCAAGCACACGCUGCUCAGCAUGCUCCAAGAAGCGCUCGGUCUGGACCUCAUCUACACGUCAAACAGACUCGACAGGCUCACUUCGGGAAUCAUGAUUCUCUCCUUGACACGUCCUGCCGCCCAACAAUUGUCCAUGGACAUGACCCAAGGUCUGGUUCGAAAAGCCUACGUCGCUCGAGCUCGUGGCAAGUUCCCCACUUCCGAUUCGGAAAUCGUCACGUGCAGGGAGCCCAUCUUGGGCGUGGACAGGCAGACAGGUCUGAAUGUGGUCCAUCCGCUCGGCAAAUCGUGCGAGACGAUGUUUCAGAGAAUGUCGUACGACGAGACGAGCGAUACGAGCGUGGUGCUCUGUCGACCCAUCACUGGUCGCACGCACCAGAUCCGCGUGCAUCUGCAGUGGCUUGGUCAUGCCAUACCCAACGAUCCGAUCUACGCGCACGAGAUCUGGAUCAGCGACCCCGACGUGCAUCCCUGCAAUUUGGCAAAAGUGACGAUCGGCAAGGACAGGAACAAUUUGGAACCGGGCAUGGAUGGGUAUAAUGCCGAGACGGCCGGAUGUCCCGAAAUCGCAAAGGUCGUUGCGGCGCUCAAGACGGACAAGGACGACAAGGAGGAUUGGGCGAGGUGGAGGGAUGAAGUCAAAUUUGGAAAAUUGUGCCAACAGCAAGGAUGGCACUUGCCUCGCGUUGAAGGUCCGAAUGCUCAGAGCGCCGCCGAUCCUCGCAGAAGAGAUGCGAACGGGUCUCAAGCUGAACUCGUCAACCCCGCGGAUGAAGGAAUGUCUUGCGAGGUUUGCAAGGUGUGAGUUUUGCUCACCAGCGAGACGCGCUCCCCGCGACUGCUCAUCCUCCCCAUCGUCCCGCCCGCCUCUUCGAGGCAGUCCACUGCAGCCCGAUCCCCCUCUCUCUUCGCUGUAUAUCUACUUGCAUGCCAUCAAGUACGAGACGGACGAAUGGGCAUUCGAAGACGAGCUGCCUUGGUGGGCACGACAAGAUUGGCGCUCUAGAGCCGCAUCUGAUGCUAAUCCCGCCUUAGCCAGCGAGGACAAGAGCGUCUGGCCGACAGUGGUUCAGGCGCAAGAUGUCAAAGUCUCCACGAGCUCGAAUGGUAAGCUGCAUGUUUACAUGCACGAUUCAGCUCUGCCCACGCUCGAGCAGAGCAGGCAGAAUAUGGACGCGCAGUCUCAAUUGUCAAGUACCACGACGCCUGCUUCAACGACGCGCCCUGGCUCGGGAGAGAUGGACGAGUCUGCUCGGGCUUCCGCAGCUCGAUCGCGCAGACCACUGGUCGAUUGGCAGCUUUGCAAAUCCCUCCCGACAGAGGUCGAGUUGCCGAGCGCCACACCAUCCGUAAUGUUCGAAGUGUGGGGAGGUGAGUGAGUAAGCGAGCGAACGUGAUUGAAUCGAUGUUGAACUUGCAAGCGCUUCGGGCAGGUCUUGAAGAUUAUGCUCAGCGCGACAUAGAAGCUGUCCUCCGACAUUACCAACCAGACGUAGGUCGCAACUUGAGCCACAGCGCUCUACAUAGCGGCCACUUGAUCGUGCAAGCAGGCAAAGCAUCCCAGCUCGCGCUACGGUUGUACAUCUCAGGUGCCCUGGACAGCGUCAAAUCGGCCAGUCUCUUGCUGCAUCGUUGCCAACUUCCUGCUCCUCUGCUGGCACAUUUGCAAGCCGAUAGGGAAGCUAUCGGCGAGCGCAAAAGAAACGAGCGCAAAGCUGCCGAGGCUGAGAAGAAGCAGAAACGCAAAGAGGCUCAGCAGCGCGAGGUGGAAGAAGCUGCAAAAAGGCGCAAAGAGAGAGGUAUUGCACCAGCAGCGGCGCCGAUUACGCAGAAUGUCAGCGAGACGAAAAACGAAGCGGCAGAGGUGGUGGUGGAGCGGCUUGCGACAAAGUUGCGCCACAAACCAAACACCAAGCAAAAACCGCAAGCUGGCAAAGCGCAGCCUGCAACUCCAGGUGCUGGUGAGAUCGAGCUGAACGAGCAGGGACAGGCUCCUUCAGAACUCGAGCUGCUGCAUUUUCUUGAUCAGGGCUGGAAGACGACGAUGCAGAGUGCACAAGAGGGCGGCUUGAUCGACUCGUGGACGCGAGUCAUCUCUGCGUUUGGGGUCGAUGUGUCAAGCGAGACCUUGCGCACGUUCAGGGCCACGGUUGAAAGAGCGACGUACAUCUUUCCAACGCUAACGCAGCUGUACUUGGAAAGCCAGCUGGGCGAAUCGGUGAGCUUUUCGAUGGGGGCAGACUGAAGUGGUGUUCUGCGCGAGACUAACUUUCAGAACAACUUGGCCUACUUGCUAGGUUGGUCUAUGGCUUCAAGAUCUAGAGAAAGAACGCGGAUCGAGCUCGAACCCUUGGCACGUCUCUCUGCGCGAUCCGCCGCCUUCUUUGAAUUUGACCCUCAAAUUCGUUCGGAGCCUCGGCACGGGACAAAGUGCAGCCGAGAUUGCCAAACAUCUGACCGUCACCACUCCUGCGGGCAGCGUGGCUUGGUGUUUGGCACUGCCCUCCGCAAGAACUACAAGGCCAUCGGAGGGCGAGCAGUCGGACCGGUUCACCGAUCUUGACGCAAGUCACGUCUUGCCGAAAUCACCGGCCCACCGUCCGCCCAUCCCAACGGAUCUUAUGGAAGGCGGCACAGCUCUAGCGCGUUACAGAGCCUACCUGAUGACUGUCGCCUUUCCCAUCCCGUUCGAUCGCUCGCCAGACGAACAGCUUCGCAUUCUGGAGCCUUGCGUCGGCAGCGGUGGAAUUGCCGUAGAGCUCUUUGCCGCCCUGCGAGCGCGAGCGCAGCGAAAAGUCGAGGUGUACGCUUGCGAUGUGGAUCAAGACGAGGUGACUCGAGCUUCGCGGAUGUUUCGUCUUUGCGAGAGCUCGCACGAUACGUCCAGCGCUGCAACGAUCCAGCUCGCACGCGUCGAUUCCGCCGAUCCGUCAGCUCUGGCGACGUUUGUGGGAGGUAGAGGCACGAUGGAUGGCAUCAUUACGGAUCUUCCAUGGGGACAUCGAGUCUCUUCUCAUCAGCAACUUUCCAAGUUGUAUCCUCGACUCGUACAGGCUUUUUGCCACGUCUUGAAAGCUGGAGGCGUAGCGCUGCUCAUGACCGCAGAACAUCUGAUGCUUCGACGCGCUACCAAGGCGCUAGAAGCAGCCGUCAGAAAGUCUGGAGGUGGCUUCGUCCUCAAGUAUAUUCCUCUCGCCUUGGAUUUGGAAAGCCGGGCACAGGAAGAUGUCUCUUUGGGGCAUGCCGAGCUCGUGCAGACAGGUCAAGAUGCUGCUUCUCUCAAUGAGGGAGAGAGAGUCGUGGAUGUCGGCUACAAGGUGUACCUUUGUCUUCUACAGAAAGUCUGGUUGUGA